AAGCAAUUGAUAUAGCUGAUGCGAACUUCUCCUGGGAUGUUUCUUCCCCAAAUCAAACGCUAAGAGACAUCAACUUGAAAGUGUUCCAUGGCAUGCGAGUUGCAGUUUGUGGUACUGUUGGCUCGGGUAAAUCUAGCUUACUUUCCUGUAUCUUGGGAGAAGUACCCAAGAUAUCUGGUAAUCUUAAGCUGUGUGGUACAAAGGCUUAUGUUGCUCAGUCACCAUGGAUACAGAGUGGCAAGAUUGAAGACAACAUCUUGUUUGGUAAGGAGAUGGACAGAGAAAGGUAUGACAGAGUUCUUGAAGCAUGUUGCCUUAAGAAGGACUUAGAAAUCCUUCCUUUUGGUGAUCAGGCAGUUAUAGGUGAGAGGGGAAUCAAUUUGAGAGGAGGACAAAAGCAAAGAAUACAGAGGCGUGCUCUGUACCAUGAUGCUGAUUUCUAUCUGUUUGAUGAUCCUUUUAGUGCUGUGGAUGCACAUACAGGAUCCCACCUCUUCAAGGAAGUUUUGCUGGGUGCUCUGAGUUCAAAAACGGUGAUUUAUGUUACUCAUCAACUGCAGUUCUUAAAUGCUGCUGAUCUUAUAUUGGUAAUGAAAGAUGGAAAGAUUACACAAUCUGGAAAGUACAGUGACAUUCUGAAUUUGGGAACCGACUUUAUGGAACUUAGGGGUGCACCUAAGCAAGCUUUGUCAGCUUUGGAGUCCAUCGAUGGUGGGCCAGUUUCAGAAAAUGUAAAUACUAGCAAAGAAAAUUGUGGCAGAAGUAGUAAUGGUGUUGUUAAUAAAGAAUGUUGAAGGUUGAUACUUGGCUGGAAAUGCAGCAAAGAACAUAAAGAUAUUCAGAAUGAUAAAGCAGAGGAAGUAGCAGAGGCAAAAGGGCAACUUGUGCAAGAAGGAGAGAGAGAGAAAGGUAGAGUUGGGUUUUGCGUGUACUGGAAGUACGUCACCGCAGCAUAUGGAGGAGACCUUGUAUCAUUUAUAUUGUUGGCACAGAUUCUCUUUCAGACCCUUCAAAUAGACAGCAAUUAUUGGAUGGUUGGAACGCCUGUGUCUGAGGAUGCAAAACAACCUGUUGGGGGCUUUACACUAAUUAUUGUUUAUGUAGCUUUGGCUAUUGGGAGUUCCUUUUGUAUACUUUGCAGAGCCACACUUCUUGCAACGGCUGGAUACAAAACUGCCAGUAUUAAAAUGCAUCUGUGUAUUUUCCGUGCCCCCAUGUCAUGUGACCCUGAGUGGACGAAUACUAAACAGAUUAAGUUGAUAUAUAUUUAUCUUUGUGACAUCAGGCUUCUCUACCGAUCAAAGUGUUGUUGA